AUGAUCUUGUUGACGCCCAUGUUCUGCAUGAUGCCCACGGCCCGGCGGAUGCCGGCCACCUCGUCGUAUGGGGUGGCGUUCUUCAGCGUGGGAACGUUCUUGCUGGUGGUCAACGCCCUCCUGGCGGCCUCCAUCCCCAUAUUCGUGUUCCAUCUGGGCACCGCCCAUAAGGGCACCGGCGCUCUUCUCUACGACUACUCGGUGGACACGGAGAGGAGCUACACCGUGUCCGUACUGGGCAACGUAGUCUCCGUUCAAGGCACCUCUAGCAGUAGUAGCAGUAGCGCCAGCGUGUCGUCUUUAUCAUCAUUGCCGUCGUCGUCGUCGCUACCAUCGACGCUAGACAAGCGAAACAGAAACAGGGCCGCGCCCUCCGGCGAAAGUCUCACCCCGGUGAAGGGCGCUUCGUCUUCUUCUUCUUCGACCUCCCACGCCGAGCGGGACGCGCUGCGCCCGCCGCCCACUGGCAAGCCCAACGACCAGAUCACGUGCCGCAUGCUCUCGGGCGACGGCAGCGACAACCUCAUCUUCCAGGCCGAGUUCUCCUGGAGCCUCGCCGACCCUCGCGGCGGGUAUUUGAGCGUGAACUAUAUUGUGGAGAUUCUGCACAUCAUCGAGUACGAGGAGACGGACGGGCUCGCGGGCUACCAGCGCGGCGAGGAGCUGUUCAUCUUCGGCAACAGCACCGGCAAGGAGGCCGUGUGGGACUCCUGGAAUGUCUUGAACCGCACGCAGAACGACACGAAGAUCCAGAACUGGCACGCGUACACGACGGACAGCAUCUUCUUUGUCCACGGCAGCGUGAGCGAGCGCAAGGUCAUCGACCAGCGAUUCGGCCACAACCUCACCUCCAAUUCCAUCCGCGUCGACCUCAUCAUCACCGACUUCCCGUUCACCAGACCGAACACGACGCUGGCGCUGGUGAUGCGCGUGCGCAGCAAGGACCCGAUGGUGCUGGUCACCGCGCCGGUGCCCACGUCCGAAUCCGGGGUCCACAUCACCCAGAUCGGCGGCGACGGCAACGACGGCAAAGACGGCAACGACGGCGGCAAUACCAAGGGCGACCCUGACAUCGACGUCGGCGACGAUGACGUUAUGGACGCGUUCAACGACACCGACAUCGACGACGACGACUUUGGCGACGCGUUCAACGACACGGAGAGCGACCUUGGGGGCCGCGCGGCCGAGAGGUUUGGCGGCGGCGAGCCGCGCCUGAUGCCGUCGCCGCCGCCCUGGGUCCACCAGCGCGUGGUGAUCGACAAGGUGGGCAACGGCACCAUCACCGGCAACGUCCAGGGCGUGUUCGAUUGGCCCCUGCUCGUAACGCACGGGCCAAACAUCACCGACAAUCUGCUGGUGACGGGCGGGGAGCAGUCGCUGGUGCUCGCCGAGCGUCUGCUGGGGGACGAGCUGGACUUCAACGAACCCGGCGGCGGCGGGGUGGCGCCCAAGGAGCUCUCGCGCGUCUUCUCCUUCUCCUUCUACGAGGCCCCUCAGUCGUCCGUCUAUCGCUGGUCCUUCAACCUCGGCGUCGACAACAUCACCUGA